UAGGGACCAGCAACUUUGUUAAAUUCUGGCCAGCAUGUAAUUAGCAAAGAAAAGUGAGCUAUUGGAUGAAAGUUCACACCAAUCUCACACCAUUAAAAUCAUCAUUGAUGACUAUUUGAUGGCUACAAAUCACAAAAGUUCCUCACCCCUAAUAUUCCUCUUCCAAAAUUGAUAAAACUAUAUUGCAAUAAUCCUCUAUAAAACAAACCUUAUUACUUAUUCGGUUCCUUGUUGCGUUCAUCCAUCUACUCAGCUACACACCAAGAUUGGACGAUCGAGUACUCGCCGACGAAUCUGCGAUCUCGUGAGCCAUGAAUCCUCGACGAGACAAUCGGAACAACAGAGUUGCGCUUUUUGAUGGCAUUGAGGAGGGGGGCAUCAGAGCUCAAUCUCUCUACUCUUCUUCCCAUGAAAUUGAUGAGCAUGAUAAUGAGCAAGCAAUGGAUGGAUUGCAAGAUAGAGUCAAUCUCCUGAAAAGGUUAUCAGGCGAUAUACACGAGGAGGUGGAUAGUCAUAAUCGCAUGCUGGAUCGUAUGGGGAAUGAUAUGGAUUCAUCAAGGGGAAUCCUUUCAGGCACUAUGGACAAAUUUAAAAUGGUAUUCGAGACAAAAUCCAGCAGGAGAAUGUUUACACUUGUAGCAUCAUUUGUUGUGCUUUUUCUUAUAGUGUAUUACCUAACUAGGUAACUGAUAUUUCAUUCAAUUGUCAACUUGGUUAGACCCGAAAGGAGGUAACUCUUAUCACUGUAAUUAAUGCUGCGCCCUGUAAGAUAUUCUAUCAUGUAUAAAGCUUUUUAAGUUUAAACAGGCAUUGAACCCGAUUAGUUAUGUACUUAUGUACAUGCCUUAGGGGUGUACCCAUUCACCUUGAUUUAAAUAUACUUCUUCACGAUA